UUCCGGUCCCGGUGUCUCCUAACCAAGACGGUCGCGGUACAGCACGCUCGCUGCCUUUUAGUCGGACAGAAAUGGACUCAGAAAUCGAGGAAGAAAUUCCUGUGCAUGAGGAAUACAUUUUAUGUUGUGGAGUUGAAACCCAGGUUCUAAAAUGUGGGCCCUGGACUGACCUUGUUAAUGAUCAAAGUGCCAACAAGCCUAAGCUGCUUAUUUUCAUUAUUACUGGUAACCCAGGAUUUUCUGCCCUUUAUGUGCCAUUUGCAAAGGCUUUGUAUUCUUCAACAAAAAGACGCUUUCCAGUUUGGGUUAUCAGUCAUGCUGGGCAUGCCUUUGCCCCCAAAGACAAGAAGAUUCUUACAACAUCGGAUGAUCCAAAUGUUCAAGAAAUUAAGGACAUCUAUGGACUCCAGGGUCAAGUAGAACACAAACUAGCUUUCCUGAGAACUCACGUGCCAAAGGAAAUGAAGCUGGUGGUCAUUGGCCAUUCAAUAGGCUGCUAUAUUUCCCUUCAGAUUUUGAAGCAUGCCCCUGAGCUCCCAAUAAUUCGCUCCAUUCUGCUCUUUCCAACAAUUGAGCGAAUGUCUGAAUCACCCAAAGGCAAGAUCGCCACUCCAGUGUUGUGCUGGCUUCGAUAUGCUCUCUAUGUUCCUGGCUACUUAUUACUUAAACCGUGGCCUGAGAAAAUUAAGUCCUUGAUAAUCAGAAUGCUUCUUCGAAUGAUGAACCUACAGAGUGAAUUUUCGCUCCUAAAUGUGUUGGAACCAUUCUGCCUUGUUAAUGCUGCCUACCUUGGGAGCCAAGAAAUGAUGGAGGUGGUGAAGAGAGACAACGAAACCAUAAAAGAACAUUUGUCUAAGCUUACAUUUUACUAUGGCACCAUGGAUUCUUGGUGUCCAACAGAGUACUAUGAAGACAUAAAGAAAGACUUUCCAGAAGGAGAUAUUCGACUCUGUGAGAAAAAAAUACCUCAUGCUUUUGUCUUACAUUUUUAUCAGGAAAUGGCUGACAUGGUAGCUGAGUGGCUAAAGGAUGAUCUGUCUGAAAUAUAAAUACUGACACAAGGAAACAAGCACUGACAGCUAGUACAUAGAGUAGUAUAUUUAGUGGGUAGAUAUUUAAUUUUAAUGUUCGAUUUUAGAAGAGAAAAAAAGUGAGAACCCCUUGGCUUAAAAACUAGCAGCUCCCAGCUCCCCAUGCUACAGACUGAAGUAAACACAGUUGAUGAAACAGCCCAGAGGAUUAACAACACAUUUUCCAAGACUCAGGGAACGCAGUGAUCUGAACAAGUUCUCUUAUGUUUUCACGAGAUGCCCGGUGACACCAUACAGUUUAUUUUGGUAGGCAGGAUCCUUGCAGGCAAAAAGAAAUCUAAAAAUUUGGUUGAUUUUAAUUGAGUUACAAUGUAGAAUAGGCUCUCCUAAAGAAAAUUAUGAAAGACUUACUAGUAGAAAAUGUAAAGGGACCAGUGAACGUUCAGUGUGUGUAGCUGGGUAUGUGAAGUGUGUGAGAUCGUGGGAAGGACACACUCAAGUUCUAGGAGCAGGAAGUGACGAGCAGUGGAUCUUGGCAGUGGCCCCGGGUCCCUCUUAAGGACAGAAGCUGAAGAUCAGCCCAGACUAACUUUGCAUAGGUCUCGGCUGAGAUCAUCAGAAUCAGACUGGAUACCAGGACAGCCUGCAUACCCUGCCUGUUUCUACCUUGCAACAUGUCACAAACCACCAGUCAGCCUUUUGUCUGGCUACCAAUGACACAAGCCCAAGCAGAGCCAGUGUCAGGGGCAGCACUGCUUGUCUCCUUCCCUGAGGAGUGUGCAUUAGGCAUGGAAUAAAGUUCGUCAGACAUUCCUCUGGUCAAUUAACAACUAAUAAGAGUCAUUGAAGGCUCCCAACUAUGCCUUCCUCCACAGACAGCCCACAAAUUCUGGUCGUGAGCUCCCUGCAAGCUCCUCUUCUCCAGAGCCAGAAUAGGGAGGCACUGGGCUGUCCCAAAUCAACCCUGUACCUGCCACAUACAGUUGCCCCUUCUGUGAUUUUUUUUCAGUCAGACGCCAUUGAGGACCAGCAGUGAGCCAAGUACUGUAUAGACAUUGAGGAAAGAUUGUUAGCUACGUUAUGAUUCUUUUCUUCUGAAAACCUUCUAGUAAGUAAAAUUUGAAUGGGCAUCUUUAAAUUGCUGAAUAGAGAAUUAACAUAAAUAAAAUCUCCAUUUCUGCAUUAGCUUUGUUAGUUGGAAAGAAAUUGUUUUACUAAUGAACCAAAACAAGCCAUUAAAUUAUGUGAAUUCACACUCUGGACGCACUGAGGCCCAGCAAAGAAGCUUGUUCUCUGACCUAGAGUGAGCUAAUGAUAUUGCUUCCUUCCCGAAGUUGACUCAAUCCUGGGACCUUAGGAGCCAAUAAAUCCCACUGACUGCAGAGACAGUUGAUGAUAGACACAUUCCAUUUUCUCCUAGAAGAAAUCCCUCAUGGUGUUAUCAUUCCUGAAGGACAAUAGGAUGUUGUCCUUCUUCUCCAAACCUAAAGCCCCCCAAUGAAAGAUUCAGCUCUGAUAUGCUGCCAGCCCAAUGGUAAGCAUUGAAUGAGUUACAAUCCUUUGGCGUGGCUUCUGCAUCAGAGCAAAUGACUUCUUAGAGGGGAGGAGCCAAGCUCCAGACAAGGAGUGCUCUUGGCCCCAGAAAGGAGCCAGCAGAUGUAUAAGCCGUUGACACAAGGCUGCAUACAAAGUCCUUAUUGCCAUCUGUGUGGGGAGGCCUUCUAGAAAUCUGAUGUUAGGGGCUGGGACUCAUGGCUUGAAGUGCCUUACAUACAGGAGAUGUUCAGUAGUACUAACCUGAAGCACUUAAGCAAGUACUGGGGAAAUCGUGCCUACUGGAAUAAAGAGUAACACCCUCAGUUUUUCUUUAAGUGCUAUUUUACAACAUUACUUCAUAUUUCAAAAAUCCAUGUGUAUGAAAUUAUAUCGGCUAAACCAAAGUUUACCAGAGCUUAAACAAUGAUAAGAUGUAAAAUGAUAAAGUAAAAUAUACUAGAUCUUACUUUCUGUUUAUCAUCUAAGCACCAAGUGAAUUUUUGAAAUACAUUAAAAAAAUUUUUUUUUUAAUGGAAAUACUAGGGAUUGAACCCAGGAUAUCGUGCAUGCUAAGCAUGUGCUCCACCACUGAGCUAUACCCUCCCCACCCCUUGAAAUAAGUGUUUUAUCCGUACUUUGUGACCUUGCCUGGCCUAAUCUCUGUAUGUUGCAGGGAGGAGAGGUCCAUUCUCCUGAGUUAGACUCAGGUCAGAGUCUCUCUGUUAAAUUGAAAAUGCUUCUUUUAGAGAACAAAGAAUCAGAUUUCAGGAGACGAAGUUCAUUUUACUUCAUUAGGAAUUAAAAAUGUUUCCAUGUAUAUGCAUGAGGUAAUAAGGUAUGUGGACUCUGGAGGCCUUACCGUCUGUGUUUUAGACAACCUCAUCUAAUUUCUCCAUGCCUCAGUGUCCUCAAUUAUAAGAUAGAGUUAAUAGUAAUAAUACGUACACCAUAUCGUUGGAAGAAGUCAGUGGGUUGAUAAAAUGAAAGCAUUUAUUGAGCACAAUGCCUGACCAAGAGUAUCUUCUCAAUAAAGAUUGGCUAUAUUAGUAACUGUUAUUAUGAAAAUCAUCAUAAUAAAAAAUAAACUAAGGACUAUUUGGUAAGCAGUGGAUGAAAUCCAUUUUCCAGAAGCACUUCUGCCUGUAUCUCCCAGUCAGCCACUUGCAUGGUCCUUGUCAAACAUCUAAUAACUUCUCCUGGGCUUAUCUAGUGCGGGAAUCAUGACUGGUACCCACGUUUGCUCCCAGUCUGCUCUGGGCCGUGGGGGAGAAUCUCCAGAGGCAGCCCCUGUGGCUCUCAUGGCCAGAUGUUCAAGGCAGCGGCUGUCUCACUAGUGGCCUCUUCACUCAACCCUUGGAGAGCCAGUGACCUCCAAGUCUUGAUUUUUCUUCAUCCUACCUUAUAUUAAAAUUAAAUUUAAUUCCUACUGGAGGAGACAUGACAACUUAAUGCAACACCUGAUCCUGGAUUAGAUGUUUCUGUUACUGAAAAAAAUAUCGUUGAGACAAUUUACAAAACAUCCUUGAGUGGGAUCUAAAGAUUAACUGGGAGUAAGAGAUCAAUGUUAAUUUUCUGGUUCCCAUGGUUGUAUUGUGGGUGUGUAGGAGAAUGUCCUCAUUUGUGCUGAAGACACACUGAAAUGUUUGGGAGCCAUGAGGCAUCAUGUCAAUUUACUUACAAAUGGUUCAGAGGGAAAAAAAAUGUUCUUUGUACUUGCAACUUUUUUCUAAGUUUGAGAUGAUUUUGGAAUUUUUAAAGAUAAAUAUUAAAAAAAAAAAUGCUCUCUC